GCCAUACCUUCGAUCCAGCAGCAUAACAAGUUGCUACCCAGCUUUAUCAGAUUUUCACGUGUUAUACUUCAAGCACUAUAAUAUUUACAAUCUACUACAUUACUUGUUCAAUUUUAUUGUUCGAAUUCGAAAAAAGAGGUGGACUCUGGGAGCAGUCAAUUUUUGUCUCGGCAGCCACUAUUCGUAAUUUGAGGCUCUUAAUUUGGUUAAAUCAAGCUUUUCUACUACUACUCCUGGGCUACACAUUAUUGCAUUUAUGCUGUCUUAUUAAAAAAUUUCGAACCAAUGGAGAAUAUCGUGGACAAGUUGGACGACCUGAAUCUGGAUCCAGCAAGAAAUGAACCCAGUACUUCGUCGGGCAAGGAGGACAGCACAGUAAAAUGCACUUGCCCUUCAGAAUCAUCCGCAUCAGCAGUAAAGAUUGAUGGUGGAGAAGACCAUAGUCAUUGUGCAGGGUCUGAGGAGGAAGAAUAUCACGAUCCUCCAUCGGAUGAUAAGGGAGAGCCGAAACAUGACGGGAGAACGUCGAUUCCCUCACCGACCCCAGAUACCCAAGAGGAGAGUAAUGACGAUCAUCAUGAAAGUGUGAGUGCCACGGCAGCGGCGUUGGCGACGGAUGAACCGCCUCGUGAGCCUAUUCAACCUGCCCGAAUUUCAUCAGAACAUUGGCGCUGGAACACAACUUUCAAAGAACGACAGCUCAACCUGCUCCGAUUCGGAUUCUUUAGCGAUUUUACCGUUCUCCUUGAUGGUGACCAACGGGUGCUGGUCCACAAGAGCGUACUUGCAUCGGGCUCUCUAGUCUUGUAUAACGAAGUAAUAAGGGUUUUGAGCGAUGGGAUCAACGUGCUUCGUUUGCACGAAGAUCCCAAGAUUUUUACACUGUUUCUUCAGUAUUUAUAUACUGGUGAAUCGGGUGUCAGAUUCAUGGAAGCGUUCGCUCUUCAAGUCAUGGCUAGAAAGUAUCAAGUACCUGAUUUGGAAAGCCAGUGUAAAGAAGUGAUUAAGAAUGAAAAGUUUACAAUUGAUACGGCGUAUAUGUUUCUACCAUUAGCUAUUAAAUCACAUGAAACGUUGUUGGACGCCCUGCUUAAUUUUGUCUGCAAGAACGGUACCGAGUUCCUUAAAGAUAAAAGAUUUACGGCCCUACCGGAAAAUGUGGUGCUGGAAAUUAUUAAACGAGAUGAUUUGAAUGUCAAACAUGAAAUGGAAGUGUUAAGCGCUGUUGUCCAUUGGGGUCAGAAUCAGUGUAGAGUCAAGAAAAUUGACGACAAAAAUCCAGCUAAUUUUGGUCCACUGAUUACCAGUUUUCUUCGACAUGUUAGAUUUCCUUGUGAUUUUUCGCCAAAAUUUUGGCUUGCGCACUUGGAGAACACUGGCAAUAAAAAUACAAGCCAGAUUCUGAGAGACAUUUUCACUCCCAGACACAUUUUCAACCCUUACAACAAAACCGUUCGACGAUAUAGUGAGCCCAUGUGUUUGGUUCACUCCAGAUACUCUGGAGAUGGAAAUGGAACCCCUCUGAUCCCUUGGCGUUGUAAAAAUCCAAAAAUACGACUUAAGGAGACACUUUUGUUUUUAGUCAACUUUCCCUUUACCUUUUUUGGAUUUUCCAUCGUCAGGGGCGUGUUUGGUGAAAAUUUUGACAAGAAUGAGUACGAUUAUAGCGAGCUUACCGUUCAAACUAACAUCACCCUGAACCUACCAAUCACUCCAAUUGUGGAGGUUGAAUACGAGCCAACUGAUGCAAAACCCGAGAUCCGAGUCCAUUUUAAAGAACCCGUAGAUGUACCGGCCAAUAAAUGGAUCACUCUCAGUAUCUUAUUUUCUGGGAAUUUGAAAUUGAAACAGAAAAACUCAAAGUGUGACUUUCAACGCAUUCCGAUUCAAAACUGUCAACUCCAUGUCGGUACUCAAAUGACUUCGGAUCACAAUACUACGCUGAUACCAAUAGAAGUGAAAAUGAUUCUGCCAAUUAUGUGUGAAUUUAAGCGAGCAGGCGGAGGUUCUGAGCAACUGUCCAUUGACAAAGGAUUCAUCGAAUCUCUCCUCUUUUCUCUGAACAAACCUCAUCCACAGGACAAUCAACAAGAACGAAGAACUAACCUACUAUAUAGAACUUAUAUGCAUACUUUGGACUGAACGCCAUUAUUGCAGUAUCGUGAAUUGCUUUUUUACUUUUAUUUUGUACAAAGACUGGGAAUUCGAUUUUGUAUUAGUAUGUGUAAGAGUUUCGUAUUUAUCAGUGUAUCGUCCAGGAAGGAUGCCAUGAUUUUUUUACUUCUUACUUUUUGUUACUUAAGACUUUUGAUAUGAAAAAUAUUAUAUGAAGUUAGUCAAUCUUUGUGAUGAUGUGGGAUUUUAAAGUUAAGACACAUAUUGUGUGAUUUUUAAGAAUUUUUUGUCAGCUUACAAUUUUUAUUAUUAUUGUUUGUACUUAAUUAAGUUUGUGGACAUAGUAAAACUUUUAAAGACCAAUAAAUCAUGCAAGUCUUUUAAUUUAAAUGCA